CGUACGCAAGCAUAUAAUUCGCCGCGCCUCCCAGCGGUUUGCUGCGCUGGCAUUCCCGAGUCUUUGUACUAGCGACACCACCCAUUGCUAUUCCAGACGACGAUAUCAGUCUUAGCUUUUCAGAGGGACACACAGUUGACAUUGUUGUCGUAGCUGCGGCCGGUCCGACUUUCCAGUACGCGCUCCUUCCGUUUCCGGCAUUCCUUCCACCUCCACCUACCAAUCAGCUUGCGCGGGAUCGACGUGCCGCCGCCUCUCCACGUACACGACUCUGACCUCAUCGCGAAAAAGGAUACUUUGCGGGCUGAGCUUUAUGAGCGGCGUAGACACCAAGCAGAGCCCGAGCGUGGCCGGGAACAAGCGACGAAGCUUCUCGGGUCAGGGAGGCCUGCUGAAUAGAAUGUUCGGAAGCUCAAGUGGAAAUGGCAGGGAGCAAAACCUAGGCUCUGCGGUCGAUGGGACACAGUCGGAUGCCUCACCCAGCAGUCCCGUUGCCGCCAACCCAACCGGCGCGCUGGAGGAGAGCAACGAGGACGCAUCCGGCGACUUACGAAGUCCUACUCGGAAGUCUGCCGACGAGACGCCGACCACGGAUAAGAAGCGAAGAAGUAGCGGUGUUGGCAGAGCUCGCGAGCUGUUCAGCAAUGCAAAGGCGUCACUGCACAAUCUAGGCAACUCACCGGGCGGUGGGUCUGCGGAGAGAGCCAACCAGACGCCUAUGCAACGCUUAGGCCGCACAGACCCGGCCCUCAAUGUGCCACAAGGCUCUCAUAACAACUCUGCCGGCGAGUCGGCGCCUGGUCCACGCUCCACUUUCCGUGUCGGCGUGACCGAAGACAAGAACAAGAAGUGCCGUCGAACCAUGGAAGAUACGCACGCCUACCUUUACAACUUCCUCAGCACACCCGCUCCGGCACUGAGCUUGGAUGCAUCAAGUAAAAAGCGCGUCUCGCUCGAGAGUGGUUCGGCAUUGUCAGAAACGAACAGCCAGGGUGUUGUGGAGACAGACAAUGGCUACUUUGCCAUCUUUGAUGGCCACGCUGGCACCUUCGCGGCCGACUGGUGCGGUAAGAAGGUGCAUAUCUUGCUGGAAGAGGUUAUCCGCAAGCAUCCAAACACCCCUAUCCCGGAGCUUCUCGACAUGACCUUCACGUCGGUCGACCAGCAGUUGGAGAAGCUACCUCUGAAGAACAGCGGCUGCACGGCGGUGAUCGCAGUCUUACGCUGGGAAGACCGGAUACCGAACUCGCAGUCGGCCACUGGGUCGACUGCCAUCGCACCAGCUGCAGCUGCUGCGCUCGACGCUGAGAAGCAGAAAGGUGGCGAAGCGGCUGACGCAUUAGAUGCGACUGAGGGCAAGCUACGCCAGGCGGCGUCACGGCAGCGCGUGCUUUAUACUGCCAAUGUCGGUGACGCGCGCAUCGUCCUUUGCCGCAAUGGCAAGGCUUUGCGGCUUUCGUACGAUCACAAGGGCAGCGAUGAGAACGAAGGCAAACGAAUUGCUGGUGCUGGCGGCCUGAUUUUGAACAACCGCGUUAAUGGUGUGCUGGCUGUUACCAGAGCGCUCGGCGACGCUUACAUGAAGGAUUUGGUCACCGGCCACCCGUAUACUACGGAGACAGUGAUACAACCGGACAUUGACGAGUUCCUUAUCUUGGCUUGCGACGGCCUUUGGGACGUCUGCACCGAUCAGGAAGCAGUUGACCUUGUGCGCAACAUCCAAGAUCCGCAAGCCGCAUCAAAGGCGCUUGUCGAGCAUGCGCUUGCCCGCUUCUCCACUGACAAUCUCUCUUGCAUGAUUGUCCGCUUCGACAGCAAGGCGGUACAGCAGACAGUCGACCGCAAGGUGGAACCUAUCGGCGUGGAAGGUGACCCUGCGACUCAACAAGGUGGCAUCACCGAAGCCGAGGCGAUUGUGAUGGAGAGUAAGAAGAACCUUGACCAGACGGGUGGGCAGCUCGACCGCGUCCCGAGUGAUCUGGUUGAGCAGGACGAAGACCACAGUCAAGAACCGGGUCCAGAGCUCAAUGCGGAAGCAGUUCAGAAGGCUAGAAAAGACAAUAAAGCGCGGAUUGAGCAUACGCAAGCCGCGAGCAGCUAACCAUAGCAUGACGGUAUAGUUUCUUGGAUUGGCACAUACUCAUGAACGCAGAGAGCAGCUGUGAUACGGAGACGGCGCGGUUGCUAUGCGUCAGCCUGCUGUUCGUCUGCGGUAGAGGGGCGCUUAUGGUCAUAAGAUGAGUCUAGUCAAUGAAGUGCACGCCGGCAUGAGCGUAAGACGGAAUGGUCAUGAAGCCGUGUGGAGAGGUUUACGACGAGCUUGUAUUGUUUUGCCAGUCAGCUUACUCACUCCGUCUUCAUCUACUAUAUCUCCCAC